CCCGCCCGCCGCCCGCGGGCGCUGCGGGGCGGGAGCGCCGAGCCCCGGCCCGGCUGACGGCGCGGCCCCUCCCGGGGCAGAGCUGGUCGAGGGGAAUGUCGUACUGUCUCCACUCAGAAAGCCAUUUGGAUACUGGGCCAAUAUACGUGCGUGAAAAUGGGAAGCUGCACGUGGUAAAUCGGGGUGCAGGCGGCGUACAGAAUGUCACUCCCAAAGCAAGACCUUUCAGUCUGUUUUCCAGAACUUUUUCAGUGGAGCUUUGCAUGAACAGGGAGGAUGAUAGGGCAAGGAGGCAGAGGACCGAUCAUUUCAUCUUCACCUACACCAAGGAGGGGAACCUCCGCUACUCGGCCAAGUCCCUCUUCAGCCUAGUGCUGGGUUACAUUUCUGACAAUGUAGAUCACAUUGACUCGUUGAUUGGUUUCCCAGAGCAGAUUGCUGAAAAACUCUUUUCAGCAGCAGAAGCAAGACAAAAGUUCACAGAGCCAGUGACAGGACUGAGAGCUCUGCAGAAAUUCACUGAAGCCUAUGGCAGUUUGGUGCUGUGCUCACUGUGCUUGCGGAACAGGUACCUGGUUAUCUCUGAAAAGCUUGAAGAAAUUAAGUCUUUCCGGGAGCUGACGUGUUUGGAUCUCUCCUACUGUAAACUUGGAGAUGAACAUGAGCUGCUGGAACACCUCACCAAAGAGGCCCUGUCUAGUGUGAAAAGGCUUCUCCUGAAGGACAACUCCCUGUCGGAUGCCGGCCUGCGCAGGAUGACAGCGCCUGUCCGCGUGCUGAAAAAGGGGUUUGAGAAUCUGCUGGUGCUGGACUUGUCCUGUAACCCUAAAAUCACAGAUGUGGGAAUUGGAUACCUUCUUUCUUUCAAGAAGUUGAAUUGUUUGGACAUUUCUGGGACAGGUCUCAAGGAUGUUGAUGCUGUCAUAAAGCGGCUUCAAACGCAGAUAGGCCUGGUUCACUCAAAAGUGCCUCUGAAAGAAUUUGAUCACAGUAACUGCAAAACAGAGGGAUGGGCAGAGCAGACAGUUCUGCAGUGGGAACAGGCAGUUAUGGAGGCCAUGAAACCCCAGGACAACUUGAGAUCCAGAGUAGCAGCUCUUCACUUCUAUGGCAAGACACGCAGAAUAGAGGAAGCAGUCAAAUGCACACUGGUCGAGCCAGAAACUAAAGCAUCUGGAAACUUGCAGUUUUAUAAGGAAAACGUUGAAAAUUGCCAUUUACCUUUGAAAAAGGAGGUUGCAGGCAGCCAUGAAUUAAAGAACAAUAAAAAAAGAGCUUUGGCUGAACAAGAGAGAGAAAGGACUUCCAAACAGAAGCAUCUGUGCCUCACUGUGGAGGACUGGGAUUUGUUAAAUACCUACUGAGUCAGAAAGAAGUGGGUCUUUUGUUUGUUGUUCUCUUGCUGAUGACAGGAUUUGGACAUAUUGAGAGGGAGUGACAAAGAACUCUUAAAUCUGGUUGCUGUGACAUGCCUGUGUUUAACCUGUGCUGGGGGAGAGAUAGAGGCAAGAAGAUAGGUAAUGCUACUGUAUAUUUUCAAUACAUAAUAAUUUUUUCAAAUAAAGUUUUUGUUGUCAUCCUUAA